CUCGAACUGUUAUCAAGGAGAAUAAGGACAUUGUGAGACGAACGCUGCACCCCCAUAUUUGUCUUCUACCAUACAUAGUGAAGAAUGAUUGAUCCGAAUGGGAAGGACAGCCCGCUGCGGUGAAGGAGUAAAGCGUAGUAGGGUGGGGUAACCAACCAGUAGAGGACACGAUGGCGCAAUCUAGCGUCAUACCUUUCUGUUAGCACGAUAAUGCGUCUGCUUUGGUACCAGUAAAUAUAUAUUGGGGAUCACAACCCUACACCACUUUUGGCACACCGCAUACUCGCUUGUUGGAGAAGUAAAUUUGCCGCUUGCGUCAACCAGACAUCGGGAUGGCCCAUUCCUUACUAUGGUCAAGCUGCCGGCCAAGUCUUUCUUUGUCCUUUACCCGAGGAUGCAGCAGUCAAAGCCAUGGCAUGUCGUCAGCGGCGAACCCUUGUCGAGCUUCCUUGGUCGCUGCAAACCGCCGCGUACGUUACAGAACGUCUCAAGCCUUGUUGGGGCAGAAGCAAGCUGAGGCAGAAGAAGCGGUUGAAGAGGACUUUUACUCUUUGCUCGGCGUGAGUCCUUUGGCGGACGCCAAAGAGAUAAAGCGCGCUUACUAUAACAUGAUGCGGACCUGCCAUCCCGACCGCUCCGACGAUAUUGAGGCGACCGAAUUUUGUGCGCUGCUGAAUGACGUGUACGAGACCCUGAUGGAUCCAGUACGGCGAGAGCUGUACGACGAACUCGCCGGCUUCUCCGACCACAGUGUCAACCCCUUCCUGGAUGAUCGAUACCCGCAGGACCGGGUGUUCGUGGACGAGUUCGCGUGCAUCGGCUGCCGCAACUGCAACGCGGUGUGCCCUCGGACCUUCGGAAUGGAGGAGGAGUACGGCAGGGCGAGGGCCAUGCAACAGGACGCGGACUCGGAGGCCAAGCUGCAGGAGGCCAUUGACACCUGCCCCGUGUCGUGCAUCCACUGGGUCAGCGGCCCCCAGCUGUCGCUGCUGGAGACCGCCAUGUCCCGCAUGGGCCGAGUCGCCGUGUGGAGCAUGAUGGGGGGCGUGGGGGCGAACAAAGACGUGUUCACGGAGGCCAGCCUAGCUUGGACCCGGCGCCAGUCGGACAUCCGGCGGCGAGUGCAGGACGUGGCGGCCGCUCGCAGCGGGGCUGCUGCUGCCGCCGCCGCCGCGCCCUCCACCGGUUGGACCUUUUGGAACGAUGUGUGGAGCGGUGUGGGGGGAGCCGCAGGCAGCAGGUUCUACCAAGACGCCAGCCAGGCUCGGCAACAGCGAACCAACCCACAAGAGCAGCAGCAAGCUGGCCCCUCAAGUCAAACUAGCAGCAGCAGCGGUGGUGGAGGGGGAGGAAGUGGUGGCGGAAUGGGAGGCGGGGGUGACCGGGAGAGUCGCGGCGUGGCGGACCUGGCAGCGAGGGCGGCGAGGGCGGCACGGACCUGGCGACGGUUCCAGUCGGUUGCUCGGGCGGCGCGAGGGGGCCUGCGGGCAUCCCUGGCGUCUACCAGCUCAGCGUCCUCAAUGGAUGAAUGAGCAGCGGGGGACGUGGAAAAGCGUAGUGGAGUCCAUAGAGAUGUACCAACCCGUUGUAAUGAAAAACCACAAGUUAGGGGUUAGUUAGGGGGUAGCGGGUUGUGGAGGGGAUUAACAAGUUGUUGGAAAGGGGGACAGCGAGGAGGAGGAGGAUGCAUGAGUUCCGGUCUGUUAUUGUGCACUUAGGGAAUGGGAUUGAAGACCUAACGUAGCGCGCCUGGCUGCCUUACAGUCGUGAGGCAGGAGUUGCAUGACAGAAGAAAAACGCACACUACAAGGCACGCGUUACCGGUAUGUGUGAGGGUUGCAUACACGAUUCGUGUUUUUUGUGCAAAACCACAAAGUCUUCAAUAUUCGUGCCGUACCGAGCAAUUGGUUGGCUUUCUACUUGGGCACUAAGGUUCCACAUGGCCAGUGUGCAGAGGACUUGCUCAGCAAGUGUGUAUUUGGGGGGACGAGGAAGUCGCCGAGGAGAAAUAUGCUGCAUUUAUUAAGAAGUAUCAUUUAUGUUGGCUUUCCUCGUCUUCAAGAGAGGACAGUGUGGGAGCGCUUGUAUACGGUGAAGCUUCAGUUCGAUACUGGGAAUGUUAUGGUGUAUUGCUGUACGAAAGUUGCUUCCUCAUAUGCGCGAUGAGGGGCAGAGAGAAGAAUGGAGGGCCCAUCGCUAUCUGUUUAUUGGCCAGAAGUGUAUGUGUUUUGUCGUAACCUAUCUACUUAAUUUGGUUUGCUGGUGUCUGUUUGUACAUUAUAUCAGAAUACCUUCACGUGUGCGCACAGACACAGACGUGCGUACGUUCACAGGUAUUAAAGCUUGGUUGUUUCGGAGAAUACCGCGCGGAAAGCCGUUGCCGGUGGCCUGUGAAGCUUUGUAGAUGCGAUGCAGAGGAGCGCUACCCGCCUUGCAUGCUGCUGGUGCGUGUAUCCCUUGCAUUCCGGCGGCACGGUUGCAUGUGAUGUCCUCGUUGUGAAGGCCGAUUUGUGCCUUCUCAGUAGUUGUUGUGAAUGUUAUGUUUUGUUCCCAUGGCUUGAGGUGACCCAUGGGUCACUGGCCCGCGUCUGUGGUUGGUGUGCGAGGUGGUGACACGUGGGUAGCAACACUGACGAGGAAGCUGCUGAUGGGGAAUGCUUCCCUAAGCCUAAGUUGUUGCAUCCUUCAUGGGGAUAAGGUUGAGGA